AUGCUGUCAUAACAAUUUUGUUAAAAUAAAUAAGUUCCAGGAAAAGUAAAUAUGAUUACUAUAUUUUAGUAAUUCAAUAUUUUAAAUGUAGGCUAAAUUACUUAUAUUAAUUUAGAAAGAGAUUUUAAAUAAUCAUGGAAGAAAAAGAAUAGAAUAAUCUAUGAAGUCAAGUGUAUCUAGUAUAUCGAAUAGUACGAGAUUGUUAAUUUAAAAACAAAAUUAUAGAUUGCUUUAGGUUUUGUUUAAAGGAAGGGAGAGCUUAUAUAUAGAGUAGUUUAAAAACCAUCUAUAUUUGAGGAGACUAUGGGAACUAAAAUCAUUAAAUUUAGUGCAUAAUGA